CGCGCAGACGCCACCUCGCGGGGGCCAGUCCGAUCGCAGAAGUGAUUCCGAGGAGUUCGCUGAUAGUCGCGGUCGUCCGGUUUUCACGCGAUAAUUUUGUCAUCGCACAGGCCCGUCCUCGUCAUCGCUGCUCCGUGAAACAGACGCAAUGCUGACGGCGGAGCAUUGAGAGAUCUUUGAGAGGUGACUGGAAGCUCUAGUCGCGCUCCACGGAAUCACCAUCGAGGUAUCGAGUCAAAGUCACACACGAGGAUCAUGAAAAUGGUGCUGUCUCAACGUCAGAGGGAGGAGUUAAAUAAGGCGAUCGCGGAUUACCUUAGCACUAACGGCUAUCAAGAUGCACUCGAGGCAUUCAAGAAGGAAGCUGAUAUGCCGGGGGAGGUGGAGAGGAAGUAUGGCGGCCUCCUGGAGAAGAAGUGGACCUCGGUCAUACGAUUGCAGAAGAAGGUAAUGGAGCUGGAGUCCAAGCUGUCCGAGGCGGAGAAGGAGUUCAUCGAAGGCGCACCGACGCGCGGUAAGCGAUCGCCGUCCGAAUGGAUACCGAGGCCGCCGGAGAAGUUCAGCCUGACCGGACACAGAGCCCCCAUCAAUAGAGUCGUUUUCCAUCCGGUUUUUAGUCUCAUAGUGUCCGCCAGCGAAGACGCCACCAUUAAGGUGUGGGAUUUUGAGAGCGGCGACUUCGAAAGGACGCUAAAAGGUCACACCGACAGCGUGCAGGACAUCGCGUUCGACGUCUCGGGCAAGCUGCUCGCCUCCUGCAGCGCGGACAUGUCCAUCAAGCUGUGGGACUUCCACCAGUCGUUCGCCUGCGUGAAGACCAUGCACGGUCACGAUCACAACGUCAACUCGGUCGCGUUCAUGCCGCAGGGCGAUUUCGUGGUGAGCGCCUCCAGGGACAAGACCAUCAAGAUCUGGGAAGUGGCGACGGGCUACUGCGUGAAGACGCUCACGGGGCACAGGGAGUGGGUGAGGAUGGCGCGGGUCAGCCCGUGCGGCGAGCUCAUCGCCAGCUGCUCGAACGACCAGACCGUUCGCGUGUGGCACGUGGCGACGAAGGAGACGAAGGUCGAGUUCAGAGAACACGAACACGUGGUGGAAUGCAUCGCAUGGGCGCCCGAGAGCGCGAGAGCGUCGAUCAACGCGGCGGCCGGCGCGGACAACAAGGGCGCGCACGAGGGACCGUUCCUCGCGUCCGGCUCCCGGGACAAAAUGAUACGCGUGUGGGACGUCGGCGCCGGGGUGUGCCUCUUCACCCUCGUCGGGCACGACAACUGGGUGCGGUGCAUCGUCUUCCAUCCUGGCGGCAAGUUCAUCGUCAGCGCGUCCGACGAUAAGACGCUGCGAGUCUGGGACACGCGCAACAAACGAGUGAUGAAGACCCUCGAGGCGCACGUUCACUUCUGCACUUCUGUCGAUUUCCACAAGAAUCAUCCUUACGUGGUCACCGGGAGCGUCGAUCAAACGGUGAAGAUUUGGGAGUGCCGCUAGUCACCGAAAUUUUAGAUUUUCCGUCAGACGUCGUGAAUGGACGAGAAAAUGGGAGUAUAAAAAAAAAAAACACGAGAGAAAAGACGAACGCGCGUCCAUUUUAAUGGAAUCGGCCGAAAGAGUAAGCUACUACAAAAGCUAUCGUACAUAUGCUAUUAAUAUUAAUAUUAUUAUUAUUAUUAUUAUACAUAAAGAAAAACACACAUAAACACGUAUGAUUAAGAGCUCUUUAAUUAAUUUAUAAUAAAGUAUAAUUAGUAAUUAUAUUACAAUACGAUACAUCGUUUUACGGCAAUGAACUGCACUAUUCGAGGAGAGUGAAUUCGAGAGACGGUCAUGAGACGAUCAAACGAUCGAGAGGACGCUCCCGCGAGUUCUCAUUACCUUACGGACGUGGGGUUAUUAAUGCCAUAAUACAAGAGUUAUAUUCCUUUAGGCAGUUGUGCAAUUGUAGUAGGCAUUAUUGUUCUGUACAUAUACGUGUCUUUUACGCAGCGCGAAAUUCGUUGACGUGAGUGCGGCUCACCUUUGAUUUUUUUUUUUUUUCUCUUUACUCCUCUCUUCGCCUGCUUAUGCAAUGUAUCCGAAAGUUAUUAGUUACCAGCCGGUCGCACACACAUACACAAAGAGAGAAGAUCGUCCUCCUCGAUUAUGACCGUGCGUAAGAACGCGUCGAAUCUCUUUUAACUUUCUGCCGAGCGGUGGCGAAAAUUUCGGCUGUGUCGUCACCUCCGUGCAAUCACGCGACGGUAACUAAUUCGUUUGUCAUUCACACACGCGCGCGCUCUCCUCGAGAGUUCUUGAAAAAAUAAAGAACGAAAGAGAUGCUGCUCCUUUACUCAUAUAUAUAUAUAUAAAUAUAUAUAUAAGCAUAUACACACGUACACAUACACAUGUAUAAACUCGCAGUGUCUUUGUACCGUGCAAAGUACAACAUCUGUCUAACAUCGGCUCACGCGUAUCCCCGAUGGGCAUUGAAUUGUUAUCGCAUCCGUCACAUGAUGAAAAUUUUUUAUGGGACACAUAACGUCGCAAAACGAUAUAAAAUAAGAUGACGAUGAUAUAAAUAAAAAAAAAAAAAAAAAAAAAAAUACUACGACAAUGCGAAAAUUGUCUCAACCGGAAACGUGUAUUUUGUUACAUGUCUGUUUAGAGAUCCGAUUCUUGAUUUCAGGAUGUGUCCCCAUUUGACAGUGAAUUACAUUCAAUUACAUAUAUUUAUGUAGAAUCGAAUCUCACAAGAAAACUCGAGAGAUGUCGGUCGAAAUCGAUCGAAUGUCAUAUCUUCGCAGACGCAUAUAGUGCUUAAUACUUAUUUAUUUUCGAGAGUGAAGCGCAGAGUAGCGGAGAAUCCGGAGAUCGUUCGACGAGACUUUAGAGAAUGCUCAAAACGAGAGAAACGACGAUGGAGGGGGAAAAAAGAAAAACGAUUCUCGCCACGGCGUCCGAUUAUCUUGCAUUAUUAACGAUUAAAAAAAAUAUUACAAUAGGCACACAGCCGAAUGUAGAGAGAAUGCAAGAGAAAAUUGAGAUUUGUAAGAAUUUGGAGUAAAAAGAAAAUUGAAGGAAGAAGAUGUAACGCAUACACGUACGCGGAAGUUUUAGAGCGCAGCAUUAGUUCAUUGCGUGGGUUCCAAGAGAGGUGGUACUAGUUUGUAUUGUUUAGUUAUAACUACUAUUAGCGGUAGCGCAGACAUAAUGUAGACGAUAGAAGGAAAAUACGGGAAUAAAACUUCAGAGAGAGAGAGAGAGAGAGAGAGAAGAAACACAAAGUUAAAUGGUUAAUUGACAAACAUAUGUACACACGCCAUACACACACACACAUACGUACACGCAGACACACGUACACGAGUGAAGCGUCCGAUUUUCAAGCAUACGAUAAGGAAGGGAAAAUAUUCGCACACGUGUAUAAGAACGUGCAAUCCGCAAAUCAUUAAUCGAUAAUCGCUUAAUUAAGGGUGAUUUUUCAAACAGUUACACUUAAAUGACUGUCUGCUACCUUUUCCUACUGUUUCUCCUCGCGUAUCAAGCCCAUGUAUAACAAACACAGAGAGCCCUCUCUCUCCCCCCACACCCGCCCUCCCUCCGAGAAGAGAUGAUACUCCCUCAAUUAAUGUGGUACUAAAUUAUUUUGAUGAAUAAUAAACAAAGUUGUCACUGA